UUCCGGAGCUAGCUUGCUGGACUCUAGUAGUAUGCACGGUAGAGGCAAGGGUUGUCUGAUAUUGGGAGACUUUAAUACUGCUAGUAUUGACUGGGAUUUACCCCAUUGCAAUCUUCCCCCGAACUCCUUUGAUGCUGUCUUCCUCGAAACCGUGCUUGCAUGCCAUCUGUUUCAACAUGUUACAAUGCCCACCAGAAUGUGUCCGGGUCAAUCGCCACACAUCCUCGACCUCGUGCUCACACCGACGCAGUCGGAUGUUUCCGACUUGACUGUUCUCCAAUCAUUUGGGAGAAGUGACCACUGCGUAGUUUCCCUUUGUUGGAUGCGGCGUCUUACCAUUUACGAUCACGGAGUAUGCAGUCGGAACUUCUGGCGUGCUGAUCCACUCCGUUUGAAAACUGCUGCCGGCGCUAUGGACUGGGGUAUCCCUCAGCACUUAGAUGUUGAUGACGCUUGGACCCUCUUGUACUCCAAGUUCACGUCGCUCAUAACUCAGGUCGUUCCACUCUGCAAAGGGAAACGUUUUUCCAAUGGCCCUCCCUGGAUUGAUCGAGUUAAAAUCCCUUAUGCGUCGUCGACGCAAAUUGUGGGAUAAGUUCAAGACUACACAAUCGCCUCUGGACUACCUUGAUUACAAAGCGGUCAGGAA